AGUAAAAGCUCGCUAAAGGGCGUGGUGUUGAAUGAUAGUAAUCUGAUAUCACAUGCCGCAUGAAGAUUUUAUUUUCGGAACUUAACGUAAACAAAUUACAUAAUUUUGUUUGCAAGUGCGUGCACAUAUCCAUCUGUCGAUUGUUCGGGGUUAAACAACAUAGACGUUAGGCUCGGCUGGACAAGGACGAACAUUAGAGGCUGUCUUCAGACAUGUCGGAUACACAUGACAAAUGUCCUCUGCCAGAAUACGACGGAUACCUGUUACCAAAGUUCCCACCACUGGUACAGGAUACUGACAAACGAAUGACUGCUAUCCGGGACUUCAAGUCUGAGGAUACCGACAUUCUCAUUUGCACUUAUCCAAAAACAGGGUCGAAUUGGGUUUAUGAGAUCAUUUCUAUGCUGGUACAAGGUCACGCAACAUAUCUUAAGGCUUUUAAAACUAUCGGAAUGCUGGAAGUCUCAGAUCUAGCGGCCCUGGCCGACAUGACGUCACCACGUGUCCUUAGUACUCAUGUUCCGUUCCGACACCUUCCAAUACAACACUUGGCCAAGGGAUGUAAAGUCGUCCACAUCCUCAGAAAUCCGAAAGACGUCACAGUGUCCGCUUAUAACCAAUGUAAAUCACCUCUUGUCAAGCACAUCUGUGAUGCAGAUGAGUUUCCUGGAACGUGGGAUUAUUUCCUCAGAGACUUCUUUGAAAACAAGCAUAAUUUUUACGAUGGGUUCAUCAAAUACGAGAAGGAUUGGGAGGUCGCCAAACGUACCAAAGCUGUAACUAACGUCUACACCAUGUUCUAUGAGGAUCUUCGGAAGAAUCCUAUUGCCGAAAUAACACGACUGGCCAAGUACUUAGAGGUACCUUCAAAUGAGGAGCUAGUUGGCGACAUCGCAGAAAAAUGUUCAUUCGUGAAGCUUCAAAACGCUGCAGAAACUUUUAAAACUGAUGGGCCGAAGACUAUCGUAGAUGGCAAAAAUGUAUUAUUUAGGAAAGGGACGGUCGGAGAUUGGAAAAACUGGUUCACAGUUGCUCAAAACGAACAGUUUGACGAUUAUUUAGACAGAGAACUGAAGGGAUCGACACUGGAAUUUAAAUAUGAAAUAUGAUCUUCAGUGACAUGGUUGUGGGGACUAUUUCUGUUAUUUUAUUUUUUACGUCACUAAUAGUUUUCUGCUUUCAUUUCUCUGAUAAGAAGAUCAGGAUAUCCAAGGCCUUAUUUUAUCGUAUUCACAUACACGGGGAGUUUGGAAAUAUCGUUAUCUCUGAUGAAUGUCGAGUAAUUAAAUGGAAUGCACGUUAUCUACAUAUACAUUGUAAGAAUAAGUGUUUAGUUAAUUAUGUAAUUGGAAGCAUUUCAUCACUUUGUACAUUUCGAGAGGACUAUACUAGUAGUCAUUCAUAUAAAAUACGAAACAAGACAAAUAAUGUAUUCAUUUGAUCAAGACGUUGAUUGUGACUGUCGGUCACAUUUUUUUUCUUCUGUCGUUGUUCAAAUUCAACAAAAUGUUUUUUUUUCUUUUUCUUUUUUUCCCCCCAACAAAUCAAUUUUAACCCCCCCAUCUAUUAGAAAGCUGCCGGGGUUGGGGAGCCCCGGGGUCAGCUCUUUGACAAUAAUGUGUCCUCAUACAAGCGGGCUCUCAUUCUUAAUCAUCUCUUUCUUUCUUUCUUUCUGUCUUUCUUUCUUUUAAAGUCUUUCUUUCUUCUUUCUUUCUUUCUUUUUUUUUCGUUCUUUCUUUCUAAUUAUCACAAAAAUGUUAUGUCAUACUAUUUCUUAUUAACAUAUACAAUUAAUUACGUGCGAUACUGGUUAAUGCUAAUAUCAUGCAUUUUACACAUAGGGGAGCUUUUAAAGGUAAAACUAAUUAGUGGACAAUAUAGACAUUUAAAUCGAUAAUCAGAAGUUUGUUCUCAUGAAUUUUAAAUAUCUUCUUUUUCUCCGACAAAGAUUGUUCAUAAGAUGUUCGUUGUAAAUACAGCUUCAACACCGCUUAAAAAACAACAACAAAACACAAAUAAAAGCUGUCUCGAGUCACCAACACCAUUUCCAAUUGGUGUUACGAAAAGCGACAAAGAAAAUACACCACGGACAUCAGCUAUGUAGUGAGUGGUCAUUUUGAUGCGAAGUCGCCUUGUAGUGAUUCGUCCCUGCCGCAUGAGAGGCCAAUAUCGUUUCAAGUGAAAUUUCUUUUCAUUUCAUUUUAUUGACAAAGAUGAUUAAAGUCAAUAGGAUCGAAUAACAUGCCAAUCCUAUAGAAAUUCUCUCCGAUUGUGGCUAAAAUAAUACAUUGAUAUUUUGUAAAUUACAGUUUCUGAAAUGAGAAUUAUAAAAAUACAACAGUCGAAGGGAGAUUACUCAUUCGUAUUUCUUAACAUAGUACACACAUAAUACAUUAACAGCUAUUAUUUGAUUAUUAUAAACAUAUUAUCUAAACAACAUGCCACUCAGAUAUUGACAGACAUUGACCAAAAGUACAGGUGCAUAUAUUUGCACUUGUCAUAGCUGUCAAUGCUGUUAAGUUAUUUACAUUUUAAUUUAAACAGAUAGUGAGUUUAUACGGAAGCUCAGCGGACGACUCAUGAUAUCCUUAUAAGACUAGAAUUUACAGAAAAAAUUUAAGAGGAGAAAUAAUCUUUUCUUGAUUUGUUGUGUAAUGUACAUGAUGUCAUACAAAAUGAAAUAAAAAGCAUAAAUUCAUGGCUGAUUAGAUCAUACAGAGAUGAAAAUGUUUGGAUUUAGCAAAAAAAAAAAAAAAAAAAAAAGUCUGGAUUUA